AUGCCUCUCGAAUCAAAUGCUGAUAAAGCGUACAUGCACGACCUACCGAAAGUAUCCUUCAGGGUGAUAACCGAUGAUAAGUCUUUGUUAGCGCCUGUGGGUGUUCAAUCGGAACAAAGCAGAUCAUAUGGAUAUAAUGACUUUUCCGAUUUUGAGAGGUCGGAGCAUUAUAUCCGGUAUAUAGAGCCUAUAGAGUCGGAAUUAGCAAUACAGGUCGAAUAUGAUAUGGAUGAACAAGAUCAAGAAUGGCUUGAUGCGAUCAAUUUAGAGAGGAAGAAGGAACAGUCGGGACCUAUAUCAUAUGAAGUGUUCGAGAUCCUAAUGGAUAAGCUGGAGAAAGAAUGGUUUAAUCUUUCGAAACGAAUACCUCAACCUGCUCAACAUCUACCAGCAGAAGACUCGAAGUGUGCUGUAUGUGAUGAUGGAGAAGGAGAGAAUUCAAAUGCUAUUGUCUUCUGCGAUGGUUGUAAUUUGGCCGUGCAUCAAGAUUGUUAUGGUGUUCCAUACAUUCCAGAAGGUCAAUGGCUAUGUAGAAAAUGUAUUGUAUCUCCCGAAAAUCCUGUGUCAUGUGUCUUCUGCCCGAAUGAAGGUGGUGCAUUCAAGCAAACUACAACUGGCCAUUGGUCUCAUUUGCUCUGCGCAAUUUGGAUACCUGAGACGGGUUUGGGGAAUGCUAUCUAUAUGGAACCUGUGGAAGGGGUAGAAACUGUACCUAAGAACAGGUGGAAACUGGUCUGCUCUCUCUGUCGUGAGAAAACGGGAGCUUGUAUUCAAUGUGACAACAGGAAUUGCUUCACUGCGUUUCACGUCACUUGCGCACGACAAGUAGGAUCACUUCAAACCAUGAAAUCGCUCAGUACAGAUGGGGUAUUAAAAGCGUAUUGUCACAAGCAUUUACCAGCGGAUGACACCAAAGAUGAAGAAUCGGAAACAGCGUCCAACUUCUCAUCAUACUCUGAAUCGGUACCUACAAAAGCCGUCAAAGAUCCAACCAAACAACGAAGAUCCUCGAUCAAUGGAAACUCACCAAUCAUAAUUCCUGUCACUAAGAAAUCAGCACAAGCUCAUUCAAAAUCAUUUCGACCCGGCCCACCAAUCAUCCCUAAAAUGAUCCUCGAGAGAGUCCUGGAAUACAUCGGUAAAGUGACCAUUCGAAAACGGCAGCCAUUCGUUGAGAGGUUAUGUAGAUACUGGAGUUUGAAGAGAGAAGCUAGGCGAGGUGCACCGCUGCUGAAAAGACUGCAUCUGGAGCCUUGGACUGCUUCUUCAGCUUCUCGUCAACAAACAGAUGCAGAAAAGGCUCAGAAACUCAAAUUCCUACAAAUGCUUCGAAACGAUUUGGAAAAGGUUCGUAUGCUUGCUGAACUUGUUAGAAAGCGAGAAAAGGAGAAAUUACGACAAACACAGGUUAUAAAAGAUGUCGUGGAUGGUUUCAUCUUCCCUCAUCAUGGUAAAUUGAGAGUGGCUCUGGAGAAAGUUUCUGCUAUGGAUCGACAAGAACUUUUCGCAAAUCCCGUGAAUCGAGCUGAAGCUCCAGACUAUUCUGAAAUCAUCAAAGAACCUAUGUGUUGGCUGUGGAUUGACGAAAAGUUGGAGAAGAAUGAGUAUCUCGAUGUAGCUGACUUUAAGCGUGAUAUAAUGCUUGUUCUUGAUAACGCGAUGACUUACAAUCCGAAAGAUAAUCCCUUUCAUCGUCACGCGGCGCGAGUAAGGAAAAAUGCAGAACCUAUCCUUGCAGAAUUGGACACUAUUACCGAAUCCGCUCGUAUCGCUUAUCAAGGUGACUCCUCAUACGAAACAGGUGAUAGUAACUCAAUAGGGGAUCUUGAGCCCGCUACCAUCCUCCUCUCCGCUCUCCUGCAACAGAUUCACGGACCUGACGGACCCCCGCAAGACCACCUGGGUUCGAUAUUCGCCUACGAACUUGAAAAGCCCAAAGAACCCACUCCACCCCCGCCCCUCAUUGCAGCGAAGGGACCACGGCAAUCUCUAUCAGCUGCUGAACGAAAACAAAGGAAAGAAGAACGAGAUGCUGCGGCUAGAGAACGAGCUGGGGUUGCAUCGAGAUUCACCAGAGCAUCAAAGGCAGCGGAAAAGGCAUUUGCACAAGAAGCAGGAAUGCAACCCUCCUCUGACGCGGAACCUACUCAUAUUGAACAAAAUGAAGAAGAUAUGGACCCAAGAAGUAGAAGAAGAAGUAUGAGAGGUGUCCAUGCCGUUGUUGGACCUUCAACUACUCCUGCUUCCACAAAAAAAGGCAAAGGCAAACUUCCAGCUUUGUCUGAUGCUCCACUUACAACAUCGUCUUCAUCGUUGACUGCGUCAGGAUCUAACACACAUGAUGAGUCAUCGUCGUCGACUCUUCAUCCUCAUAAACGUCAACCUGGUGUUGCUGGUGUGGAGACGGUGCAGAUACUGACUGAUAGAGAGAGAAGAGAACAAGAACGAAAGCUGGAUCUGAUAACUCAAGAAGUAGGCGCACAGGACCAGUUCAGGAGAUUCAAUGUUGGAUGGGUAUUACCUGAAGGAAGUAAACGAAAAAGAGCUGAACGACCAUCUGAACCAAAUCGAAGAGCUCAGAGCGCUUCUUCUUCUCGUAAACCACCUAGUACAGCGACUUCCAAACCCCGUACUUCAACGACACCCCGAUUGCGUCUGACAGUCACCCCAGUCAAAGACCCAGACGUUGAACAAGACCUUGUUGAAAGUGGGAGCGAUCUUUCUUCUCCUCCUCCCUCAAGUACUCUGCCGACGCCUAGGAAAUCUACGAGACAAUAUGGAAAAGGCGGAAAGAGAAAAGCGGAUAACGUUGAUGUGUUAAGUCCUAGGGAAAGUAAGAGAAUCAAAAAGACCCAAGAAGCUGUAGGAGAGGCAGAUAGUGAACCUCAACUAAUGAAUGAGGAUGAGGAAAUGACACCUGUCCCGGAUGAGCCGAUGGUGACACUCGGAUCACCGUCAAAUGAGACGAACAUCGAUGAUGAGGAAGAAGUACCCGAUGAAGCGCAGGAAGUAGUAGAUAUCGAGAAGUCAAGUUCGAGCAAACCGAAGCGCGCAAGCAAAGUGGCAGUGGAUGCAAAGUCAGUAUCACCUAGGAAACGUAAAUCAAAGUCUCAAGAGAAAGACGAUUUGUAUCCACCCAAAACACUUGUCCACACAUUCCCUUAUUUCCCAGCUGAAAUUAUCGGCCCAAAUGACCGCGAGGAUGUACCAAAAUCUGUUCUUACUCUAGAAGAAAAAAUGAGAGCUGUGGCAGCAGCGAAGGAUAUGGGUAUAUGGCUGGUCAGGUUUUGGGAUAAAACUGCUAGUUAUGGAUGGAUCACGCAAGAUAGAUUGGAGAACUUAGGUGAAGAUGAGACUAUCGAUGGCAUAUAUCUCGCUGGUAAAGAACGGGGAAAGACCAAAGUGCAUAAGAGACACGCUAUACAGAUGAUCAAGAAAGGAUAUAGGGAGGCUCUUGCCAGCAUGCAGAGUGAAGAAGAGGAAGAGGAAGAGGAAGAAGAGGAAGAGGAUUAG